AUGGCUUUCCUUCACCCUUGGGUCUGUGUAUUCGUUGGUUGUUUCUCUGUUUCAUUAGCUGGAACAGACAAUCUGACAACUCUCUAUCCCCCUCUGUGGGAGGAGAGUCCUGGUCAGUUUAGUGACUAUAAAGUAGAGAAUGGAAAAUACAUUAUUGAUCCUUGGAUAUAUUUGGAAAGAAUAGGGGCAUAUAAAAUCCUAACAAACAAAACAUCGAUGUUUUUUGAAAGAUUUGAAGGAGGAAGUGAAGAAAAUAUUUUAUGGGGAUUGGCUCUGCAACACGGCUGGCAAUAUAGUUCAGGCAGAUUAGUUGACCCCACGCAAAAGUCAAACUGUGGCUAUGAAUCCAAUCAUUUGUGCAUCUCCGUGGAUAGCUGGUGGGCCGAUUUAAAUUACUUUUUAUGUGCCUUACCCUUCUUUGCUGCGGUUGAUUCUGGCAUCAUGGGGAUAUCAUCAGACCAAGUCUUGUUUUUGCCUCCACCGGUAGAGCAGACAAAGUUCUGUUUUAGUGUUUCUAGUUGCAAGUCAUCAUACCCUGAACUGAUGAGAAAGUGGAAUCUCUUUUACCAGUAUAUGAAGUCACCUUUUAGUAGCUUUGAUGACCUGUUGAAAUACUAUUGGGAGGCACAUACUUCAACUCUGGAUGCUACUUACAGAACUUUUGAGGACAGGAUUGAAUAUUAUUCUAAACCAGAAGGAGAUUUUGAAAGAAAUUGGCUUUUGCUUGUGAAAUAUUUAACUGAAAUGCGAUUCCCAACAACACUGAAUAGAACACAUGAAUUCCAAGAAGGACUGCCACCACGCAUGCUUGUUAGUGGGGAUCAACCACCCUUCAUCAGUAACUUUACUAACUUACAGAACACAGUACUGUUUGCUUUAGAUGUUCUUUAUAAAGUGGAUAGUGCUACAGGUUCUUUCUCUUUGACAUUAUGGAAAAUUUUUAUGGAGAUACCUGGUGCAAGGGUGCUGGCUCUAGAGAUUUUUGAAGAAGUUUUUAAGAUCUUUAAUCAGAAAUGGCUAUGA